CGUUGCGUUUGCUGUCCUCUCUCCUCCCUCUCUCUUUAUGUUAUCGUGGGACUGAGUGACUCGUUUAGGUCCGCUUUCUUUUCAAGUGAGCUUUUACUACCUUCCAUAAUUACGUCCCAAAGCAAAACGGACUUUAUAGCGCUUGCUUCUCGGACUCUCCAGAGGAAGAGACUCAUCGCCGCUGUGGUUGGAAUCGUCAUGGUUUUGACUCUCCUUAUCGUGAUUCCUCUGUUAGUCCAAACCUCUAAGACCGAUGCGCACUACGAGAUGAUGGGCACCUGUCGGAUGAUCUGUGACCCGUACAACCCCAAACCUAGCACCGCGGCUUUGGAGGUCAUGCAGGACCUGAGCGCCAUUCCAUCCCCCAGCUUUGUUCAAGGAGCUAAGGGCGAGCCAGGUCGGUCGGGGAAACCGGGGCCGAGGGGACCACCUGGCGAACCGGGACCACCGGGUCCGAAGGGACCACCAGGGGAUAGAGGAUAUUUUGGAAAGCUCGGGUAUUCCGGAGUAGAGGGCACAGCGCGGACUGAGACUGCCGGAGAAUUGGGCACGGCUAUCGGCGGGGCAAAGAUAGCGUUUUAUGUGGGACUGAAAAAUCCUCACGAGGGAUACGAAGUGCUGCGCUUCGACGACGUUGUCACGAACCUGGGGAACCACUAUGACCCGACGACGGGCAAGUUUACAUGCCAGGUGUCCGGGAUUUAUUACUUCACCUAUCAUGUGCUGAUGCGCGGAGGGGACGGGACAAGCAUGUGGGCAGACUUGUGUAAAAACGGGCAGGUCCGGGCCAGUGCUAUAGCGCAGGAUGCAGACCAGAACUACGACUAUGCCAGUAACAGCGUCGUCCUACAUCUUGAUUCCGGGGACGAGAUUUAUGUAAAGCUGGACGGCGGAAAAGCGCACGGUGGAAACAACAACAAAUACAGCACGUUUUCAGGUUUCCUUCUGUACCCGGACUAAUUUGGGAACGUCCCACUCCAACAGGCCGUGCGAGAGAAAAAAGCUUCUAAACACAGCUCAUCAAACUGAUGAAGAAAGCUGCCACCCAACAACAAAACCCUUGUCAUUGUACUCAAUUUUAAAAAUCUAACUUUCUUCAAAGGAUAUGGAUUCUUCUUCUUAUUUAAAUUCUAGGAGUUCCCUUUUAAAACACGGGUGCUAAUUAUUUUUCCGUAUCCUUUCCAGUGCAUAGGAACCCCUUUGAAACACAUUUCUGCUGGAGAAAGAAGUGAAAUGAGUAUAAUACAAG